UUAAGAACUUAAUAAUAAAAAAUGCAGCAGCCGAACUGCCCAACAGCUGAGGAUGUAUUCUACGAUUGUCUAGGCGACGAGUCCGAGCAGCGUCAGGCGGCUGGCGGCGGCGAUGCCAGCGGCAGCUGCCAACACUACAGACGUCAGUGCAACUACAGCGACCCGGCGCACAUACGCGCCACACUGCAGCGUGCCGCAAAUGCAACGCAGCGUCUGCUGCGCGACUUUGGCGGCCCGUGCGCAGCGCUGCACACCGAGCAGCAUUUCUAUCCAGCCACGCUGGAGAUCAAUGCGCGUCUGCAUACGAACAAGGAGCUGUGCGCCGCUCCGGCGCGUCAGUGUCGCCUGCGCGGCGAUCCGGUGACGCUUAAGCUGCCCAUGAGCUUCGACAUGCAGACGGGACAGCUCAAGGUGAACAUAUUUCAGUCGCAGCAGCAUCGACUGCGCGUCUGCAGCGGCCCCGACAGAGGCUGUGCAUCGUCCAGCUUGGUGCGUCGCACUCUUUGCAAACCGAGUCCGAAUCGACGCGUGCGCUGGCCCGACGCACAGAGCGGCGGCGGCGGCAACUAAGUGUGCAUUAUAAAUUUGUAAUAAAUUCUUGCAGUGUA